UUUUUUUCAAUGGGAAGUAGUGGAUGAGUGAGAGGCAUUGCAUUCGUUUUUUGGGAGGGGGGAGUUUAAUUUUAGUCGCUUUUGCAUCCCCCCUCCCCUUUAAGGUGAAAGGACCUUUGGGGAGGAAUGCAGGGGUAAAGUGAGAAAGGGGGGACCUGGGAGCAGGAGAGGGCGAGAGACUGGGAGCCCGGCUUGCAAAUCACCACUCCAGCCUGACCUGAGAAACUGUCUGUGAGCCUGCUGCUGCCGGUAGCUGUCCUCCCGUCUCUCGAGGUUUCCAAUGGUCUAACCCAGACAAGAUGAUGUGCGAGGUGAUGCCGACCAUUAACGAGGACAACCGUCGGGGCUCCCAGUAUGGGUCGGAUGACGCCAACUUCGAGCAGCUGAUGGUGAACAUGCUGAACGAGCGCGAGCGACUGCUGGAGAGUCUGCGGGAGACCCAGGAGAGCUUGUCGGGCGCUCAGCUUCGCUUGCGGGAGCUGGGUCACGAGAAGGAGUCACUGCAGAGGCAGCUCAGUAUUGCGUUGCCACAGGAGUUUGCCGUCCUCACAAAGGAGCUGAACUUGUGCCGAGAGCAACUUCUGGAGAGGGAGGAGGAGAUUGCGGAGCUGAAGGCGGAGAGGAACAACACCCGGUUGCUCCUCGAACACCUGGAGUGCCUGGUGUCACGGCAUGAGCGGUCCCUCAGGAUGACGGUGGUGAAACGUCAGGCCCAGUCUCCUGCCGGCGUCUCCAGCGAGGUCGAGGUGCUCAAGGCCUUGAAGUCGCUCUUCGAACAUCACAAAGCUUUAGAUGAGAAGGUUCGGGAGAGACUGCGAGUGGCUCUGGAAAGGGUCUCGAUACUGGAAGAAGAGUUGGAAUCGACAGCCCAGGAUAGGCUGACGAACGGUACAGUGCUGUCUGGUGACGGUGACUCCGAGUGCCACGACCUGAUCGAGAGACAGAGCACAGAGCUGCUGCAGAUGAGGGAGCGCCUGGCGGUGUUCUGUCGGAAGGUGGCUGAGGUGGAGGAGGAGCUCAGUACAGCGCGCAAGGACCUCAUCAAGUCAGAGGAGGCCAACACCAAGCUGCAGAGAGAUUUGAAAGAGGCCUUGGCACAACGGGAGGACAUGGAAGAGAGAAUAACGACACUGGAGAAACGCUACCUCAGUGCCCAGCGGGAAGCGACGUCACUUCACGAUGCAAACGACAAGUUGGAGAACGAGUUGGCCAGCAAGGAAUCCCUCUUCAAACAGAGCGAGGACAAGAACCGGCAGCUCCAGGAGUGGCUGGACUCCUCCAAACAGAAGCUUCAGCAGACCCUGCGGAAGGCAGAGACGCUCCCAGAGGUGGAGGCAGAGCUAGCCCAGCGAGUGGCCGCCCUCAAUAAGGCUGAGGAACGACAUGGGAACAUAGAGGAAAGGCUGUGUCAACUGGAAGCGGAGCUGGAGGAGAAGAACCAGGAGUUACAACGGGCUCGGCAGAGGGAGAAGAUGAACGAUGAGCACAACAAGCGUCUGUCCGAAACAGUCGACAAACUCCUCUCCGAAUCCAACGAGCGGCUGCAGUUACACCUGAAGGAGAGAAUGGCUGCACUGGAGGAGAAGAAUGCACUCAGUCAGGAGCUCUCUAACGUCAAAAAACUCCAUGAAGAGGUGCUGCUCAACAAGGAGCAGCUCAUGGCGGAGGUGGAGAGGAUGCAGACCGAGCUGGAGCAGCUGCGAACAAAGACUGGGAUCCGCGAUGCUUAUUCCAGGUCACUCCCGGGCAGUGCGUCUGAGCUCCGCUACUCUCACAGCUCUGGGGUCCCUGUGAGCAGCCACGUGGACAUCUAUAGCACCACUGGGGUCCUUCGCAGGCCCCACAAAGGUCGCUGGGCAGCUCUGAAGGAUGAUCCCUCCAAGGUGCAGACCCUGAAUGAGCAGGAGUGGGAACGAGCCCAACAGGCCAAUGUCCUGGCCAACGUGGCGCAGGCCUUUGAGAGCGACGUGGACGGUUCGGACAUGGAUGAUGACGACCGGGAGACGAUAUUCAGCUCCGCUGACAUUCUGUCACCGAGUGGGCAGACAGAUGUUCAGACACUCGCUCUGAUGCUCCAGGAACAGCUGGAAGCCAUCAACAAGGAAAUCAGGAUGAUUCAGGAAGAGAAGGAGACAACAGAACUGAGAGCAGAAGAGAUCGAGAGUCGGGUGGGCAGCGGGACCCUGGAGGGGCAGCAGUCCGGCCGCUAUCGCACAGCCCCCAGCCUCCCGCACUCCGUCACUGCGUCAACACUCGCCAGCCCCUCGCCUCCCAACAGUGGGCAUUCCACCCCCAGGAUGACUCCGCACAGCCCAGCCCGAGAGUGCGACCGGCUCAGUAUCGGGAAUGCCAACUCCCUGACUCGGGAAGACUCCCGUGAAGACAAGACCACCAUCCAGUGUGAGACCUCCCCACCUCCGACCCCACGUGCCGUGCGACUGGAACGGGUCACCCAGGCUCUGCAGGCCAGCGCUCUGGAUGACAGUCGAGAGCCUCGCAGUCUGUCAGGUUUCCAGGACGGUCUGGGCAGCAGCAGCAGCAACAGCAGCCAGGACUCCCUGCACAAGGUGCCCAAGAAGAAGAGCAUCAAAUCGUCCAUCGGCCGCCUGUUUGGAAAGAAGGAGAAAGGUCGCCUGGGACACGGCGUCAGGGACUCUCCGUCACAAGCUGGGACACCAGACACUGAGGUCUCUCCACAAGACCCCCUAGGACUCUCAAAACUGGGAGGACCAGUAGACAAAGACCGAAGGAAUAAGAAAAAGCACGAACUGCUGGAAGAAGCUUGUCGUCAGGGACUUCCCUUUGCUUCCUGGGAUGGACCCACUGUUGUCGCGUGGCUGGAGCUGUGGGUUGGAAUGCCAGCCUGGUACGUGGCUGCCUGCAGAGCCAACGUCAAGAGUGGGGCCAUCAUGUCAGCCUUGUCCGACACGGAGAUCCAGCGGGAGAUUGGGAUCAGUAACCCCCUGCACAGACUGAAGCUCCGGUUGGCCAUCCAGGAAAUGGUGUCUCUCACCAGCCCCUCGGCACCUACCACAUCGCGAAUGAACACGGGCAACGUCUGGGUGACCCACGAGGAGAUGGAGUCCAUGGCCGCAGCCACAAAGACGGAAGCCAAGGAAAUCAGCUGGGACCAGAUCUUGGCCCACGGAGACAUGAAUCAUGAGUGGGUGGGGAAUGACUGGCUUCCCAGCCUGGGACUACCGCAAUACCGCAGUUACUUCAUGGAGUCUCUGGUCGAUGCCCGGAUGUUGGAUCACCUCACCAAGAAGGAAUUGCGAGGCCAACUCAAGAUGGUGGACAGUUUCCACAGGAUCAGUCUCCACUAUGGGAUCAUGUGUCUGAAGCGGCUCAACUAUGACAAGAAGGAGCUGGAGAGUAAACGAGAGGGGAGCUUGACGCAGGUGAAGGAUGUGAUGGUAUGGACCAACGACCGGAUGAUGGCCUGGGUCCAGGCCAUCGGGCUGAAGGAAUACAGCAACAACCUGCAGGAGAGCGGGGUGCACGGUGCCCUAAUCGCCUUGGACGACACCUUCGAUCACAAUGACAUCGCUCUCUUGCUGCAGAUCCCCAUGCAGAACACACAGGCUCGUCAGAUACUGGAAAAUGAAUUCAACAAUCUCUUGCUUCAAGGAACUGACAGACGACACGAAGAGGGCGAUGCCAAGAACUUCAGCCGAGCCCCCUCAUGGCGCAAGCGGUUUCGGGCGAAGGAGAUGCGGGAUGUGACCUCGGACACAUCGGAGACGCUCCCCGCCAACUUCCGGGUGACCGCAGCAGCCAUUACCUCACAGAGCGUGCAGCUGCGAAAGGUGCAAGCAGACAGUACCGCCUCAGGGACUCCGCGGGCCGACACCCCAUCAAUCCGGACAUAUUCGUGCUAGCAACACUCAGCAGAUUCCGAGAGUGUUGGGUUGAGCAACUGUUGGGGUGUGCACCGUGACAGGAAGGAGCAAAGAGCAAGCAAAACUCAUCCGACUGUUAAGAGCAAAAGACUUUCUUCGCGUCCAGGAAGAGCAGGCGAGAGCCCAGAGAGACUCUGAACUAACUAUUGCGACGCUACCUUGUUUUUUGUUCUCCUGUUACUCUGUGGGUUCUAGGUCUGAGGUCGGAGCCCCUGCUGUGCAGAACCUGUCUGGCUCGGUCUGUCGGUUGGCAGGGUGCACGUUUAUGGAGAAGGUCCACACCAGUUUAAAGUGUCAUUCGGUUCAUUUUGGUUCGGGAUGUAAAUAGAAUGACCCCCCUCCUAUAGUCCCUCUCAGAGGCUGGGGUUUUAUUUGUGUGAGUGUGAAUUUCAAAGGCGUUCAUGCUGAAGACUUUGAGCAGUUUUCUUUAAUCCCGUUGCCUGCCCUGAGCAUUCAGAAUUGGACUGGUCUCCCCCCACCCCCCAACCCCCACCACGGUACCCAGAGUCAAAGCCCACCCCAUCGCCCCACUGUUACAGUUCAACACAGCGACUGGAUCCAGACUGUGGGUCUUUGACAGCAUUCUGUGACGAACAGGCUCGAGGGGGACACAAGGUGACAGCAACUAGGUGGAGAGUGGGUCUUUUAUAUUGUUGCUUUACCUGUUCAAAGACUGAUGGUACAGCGCGGAGCUUUACUCUGGAUCUAACUCCUGCUGUUCCUGACCUGAGAGUGUGUGACAGGACAGCGCGGAGGGAGCUUUACUCUGGAUCUAACCUGUGCUGUCUCUGCCUUGGGAUUGUUCGAUGGGAUGGUGUAGAGGAAGCUUUACUCUAUACCUAAUCUUCGCUGUUCCGGCCUCCCUCUCCUUCACUCAGACGUCUCCUCUCUGAGUGCUGGUUCCCUGGAGCAGGAGGGUUGGAAGGUUGAAGGAUUGGGAGUGGCAGGCAGGUUGUGACCACGGUGCUGAUGAAGGCUCCUGGAGAGAGAGAGGUUGCUGUGGCUCUGUGGAGUUCAAGGUGCUAAAAUCUGUAGGGACUGGACUGAGGUAUAGAAACUUGCUGCUACUUGGGGCUUGGACAGAUGCCUCUUACCCACUGUGGCCCACUCCUGCCCCUCCCCCUUCUGUGGGCAGAAACUGCUGCCUUGCCCCACAACUCAAGCCCUGCUCCCAGGUUCAGAUUAAAUUGGCUACGGGAUAUUUUUGAGGCCCUGUUGCUCACUGGUUUACUUUUAAUACCUCGCCCCCACUCCUCACCAGUGCUGUGUGGAGCUGAACCUUGGUUUCAUUUAUAUCGAUACUGAGCAUGUGUGUAUCUCAAGGACUCUUGCUUUUAAUGAAGUUUUGUUUCCAGAGCACAGGAACAUAUUAAUGGUCCUUUUGUCUGAGGGGUGGGGAGGGUUCCCUCAGGUGCACCGCUCUGGGGCUGUCGAGAAGCAGAGAGCACAGCCUGGUCACUGAAUCAGAAGCCGGCUGUCCCCAUGGUCAGUGGCUGGCACUCUCCGGGAUCAUCCUGUGCAUUCCCAGUGGGACCAGACCUGUGAGGACCUGGACUGCAGCAAAACCAGGACUUCUCUUCUUGCUGGAAAUCUGAACCGACCUGAAAAUUCCAGGGCAACAGCAGAGGGAAUCCUCCCUCUCCACGCUCGGAGCUCCCGCUCCCUAUUCCAGACCCCUCCCUCCUCACCGCCCCUCGAGCCCCUCUAAUACCCCUCCCCUCCCCUCCCCUCCCUCUACCCCUCAGCACCAUCUGAUGUUGGAACCGGCACUAACCUAAGGGAGUCCUUGUGUGAAAUAUGGUCAGUUUAAUUCUUGUUGUAAAUGUAAAUUAAGCUUUGCUGUUAACGCAUUGAAUGGUUUUAAACCUUCAGUGUUUCCUUUUUGUAAAUGGACAAUUACUGUAUUUAUUUAACUCGUGUAAUGUUCUGUCAUUGUUCUGGAACAUUCUUUGACUAUUUUUGUUAAUUUUUACUCUUUACUUCAAAUGAGGAAAAGACUCUCCCUUUUUAUAUAUCAUCCCAACGCACUUCAUUGUCCCGUCUAUUUUUUAUUUAAUUUAUUUGUGCCACGCGCGUUUCCAGGUGAGUGAAAUUGUAUUUAAUGUAUUUACAUAAAGGUCUGUGUCAAAACUUCCA